AUGCUUGCCUCUCCGCAGUGUACAUUGGGGGGAGAACUUCUUGCCGCAAACGUUACUCCCAUCUCUGCCGUUUAUUGUGACCCGAGCGGUGGCCUUUGGGCGAUUCACGCCUCUGGGAUGUGUGUCUUUUACUUUUCUGCAUCUGCGGUGGCCGAUAUAAUUUCGUCAACGUCGUCUUCGUCCUCGGCUUCUUUUUCGGGCGUGGCGGCCAUAGGGGCGAAAUCGAAGGUACCUUCUGCUCCUAUUUUUGAGUGCAGCGAGGAGGAUCAGAUCCUUGCGGUUGUAUUUCCGACGACAUGCAAUGCAAGCCGCUUGUUUGCGUGUAUUGCCACGACGGAAGGUCGGCUCGUGUUGGUAGACACUGAGGAGCCUGUGAAUGUGCUUCGCCAGUGUGAUAUUGGUACACUGUUCACAGCCGUGACGCCUGUACCGAUGGACGCGGCGGGUGAGGCGGCAGAGGAUGGGGCCGGUGUGUUGGUUUCAUCGUUUGACGGGACAUUUAGUGAGGUGGUGUUUGUCCACUGGGAGGGUGAUGACAAGGCGGUGGUGACUGCAACGGGCCUAUUUCGCAUUCGCGGUAAUCUUCACAACGUGAUACUCGAUGAGGCUUCCAAGCGCAUUUUAACCAUCACUAAGCAUGGAGAAGUAGACGUGUGGAACUGGCGAAAGGGAUUUGACGAGACGCUUUCGUUUGGCAUGCUGGCCUACUCCGUUGACGACUACGGCGAGCCGUCAUGCAGCAUACUGCUCAGCGGGGGACGCCUGUGGAUCGGGACGAUGAUGGGCUACAUUGUUGUCUUUCAUUUGAGGCCAGGCGUGAGUGAUGGGUCGCCGCGGCACGUGUGGCAGGCACACAGUAAUGCGGUGGCCAUACGGAGUCUUCUUUUGAUGUCGCUUGGGCGUCACAUCUGGAGCUACGCAGCGGACCGACAGGCGCUUGUCUGGGAUGCGGAGGCAUGGACGCUACAGGGAUCUUUUCAGUUUCCGGGCGAUGGGUUUUCAAAACUGCACGGUGGCCUGCGCUGCAUGGAUACCAUUGCGUGGGGCAUUGAUGAGACGGCAGGGACGGUGACGUGGUUUACCGUAAAAGAGCCUUUUUUGCGAGCAGAUUGUGGAUUACCUUUUGGGCGCGACGAGUGCGUCAUGCCGCGGGGCGAGGUUGAGCGUCUGCAUUUGCUUGAGACGCUCGUCUCACACCUUUGUUCACAGGUGCUACAUGCAGCGUCCAGUGACGAGGGAACGGCGGUGCGGGAGAGGAGUUCGAGCCCUAAUGACGAGCAGACGCCGAAAAAUGGGGUGAACGAAGAGGAGGAGGAGCAAAACAUGGCAACACCGCCGCACAUUGAAUUGGCGCUGCAGCAGCUCGACGAAGAUCAUCCGAGCGCACGACUGCUUCCACCAGCCGUGGCGUCGCUUGUCGUGGGCUGGCGGAUGGUGCGAAGGACGCUUGCGGACGCCGGGAUGCGUUCACGGAGUUUUCUGGAGGACGUCCAAGUUCUCCUGCAGGAUAACCGCCGACACAAAGAGUUGCAGACGCAAGUUCGCCGUUGCCUUGCGGAGCUCCGUCAGGAAUUGCAGCACGGCGACGUGUGCGAUACCCUCGACGACGUGGUGGACGUCUUUCGAGCCCUCGUACGACGUGUGGAGGAAGACUCACCUGCAGCGUCGCCGGCCCAUUCGGCAAUCGACCGAAACCGGCGGACGCCCUCAAGAACCCACAGUGGCUCUACAGACGACGCCAUAAAAACGGUUCCGUCCCUUGUGGAGGCAAGUGACGACGUGCGUGCAAGGCGGCUGGAGGAGGAUCUCAUGCAUGAAAGACAGCGCCGGGAGCGCAGUGAGAUGCAGCUUACAGAAGCGUAUGACGAGAAGCGGGAGCUGCAGCGACAGUUGACUCAAUCCAUGCGUCUCCAGGAAGACUACGAGGAGCGUUUGUUGUCGCUUGAGCGGUCUCUUAAGACAGCAAAGAAGGCCGCGGCAGUGACAGCGACAGAGGCGGCACGAUUCUCUGAGAUGGAGGCGAAUCUCAACGAGGCACAUCACACGAUUCAUGUGCUGCAGGAUAAAUUGGAGGGCCUCAUGCGUGAGAGACAAGAGUCUCUUCAAACAGCACAGGAGAAUAAAUCUCUGCAUGCCGAAGUUCAGAAUUUCCAGAUGAAGGAGCAGGUCGCCAGACGGGCAUUGGCUAGCUUUAUCGAGACGCAAGAUUUUAUGCUUGACAAACUGAGUGACGUGCUACAACACACGAACACGGAAGUGGAAUUGUACUCUGAGGUUUCGUCUCUUUACGAGAUGUUCUGUUCCCGUGUGGAGAUGCAGCAUGGGUUUCUUGUUGAACUUAAGCGCGGCUACGCACGGCAGCGCGAUAAAGACACAUGA